GCUGUUUACCCUUGAUCAGGCCUUGACAAUCUGUAACCCUUAGCAAAUCUACAUCAGCUCCAACUUAUAUAAGCACAAACUAGAGCCGGCCUCCAAAAGCUGGUGGAAAUCUGUACUGCUGGAUGCUCAGGAAUUUGGCGAGCCAUCAACAUUUCAGAGGGUACUUUAAAUGUUUUGGUUUGAGCCCUAAUGCAGCACUUCCCGCUUGUCAACAUGAACAGCCCAAGCUAAAAAGCAAAGUACAUUUCCCUCAGUACCAGUCAGAUGUUAUACUAAGUCGCUGAACCAAUCUUACCUACAGGGACUGUGGAGGCCAGAAGAAUUGUGUCUGGAAUUCUCUCUUCCGAAUCCUGGAUUCUGUUGACGAAGCUUGCCUUUGAGAUUCCUGAACACGGAGAAAUAGAGAUUAAAAACCCCAGAAGAGAGAAAGUAAAUGAUUCACAAUCUUGAUGGGUUUUGCCGUAUUUAUGUUCUUCCACUGUAUUAGAUACCAGUCACAAAUGACUUAGAGGCCAUAAACUGUGCUUUAAGUAACUAGCCUGCCUUUCUAUCCAGAUCUUUGCCUCCAGAGGUGAGAAGAUGAACAACUCCACCACCACAGACCCUCCAAACCAGCCCUGCUCCUGGAACACCCUGAUCACAAAGCAGAUCAUUCCCGUGUUGUACGGUAUGGUCUUCAUCACGGGGCUCCUCCUCAAUGGGAUAUCAGGAUGGAUAUUCUUUUAUGUGCCCAGCUCCAAGAGUUUUAUCAUCUAUCUCAAGAACAUAGUGGUGGCUGACUUUCUCAUGGGCCUGACUUUCCCUUUCAAAGUCCUUGGUGACUCAGGCCUCGGCCCCUGGCAGGUGAAUGUGUUUGUGUGCAGGGUCUCUGCCGUCAUCUUCUAUGUUAAUAUGUACGUCAGCAUCGUGUUCUUUGGGCUCAUCAGCUUUGACAGGUACUAUAAAAUUGUGAAGCCCCUUCUGACGUCUAUUGUGCAGUCGGUGAACUAUAGCAAGCUGCUUUCUGUGCUCGUGUGGAUGCUCAUGCUUCUCCUUGCUGUCCCAAACAUCAUCCUGACAAACCAGGGUGUCAAGGAGGUCACGAAGAUACAGUGCAUGGAGCUCAAAAACGAGCUGGGGCGGAAGUGGCACAAGGCGUCUAACUAUAUCUUCGUGAGUAUCUUCUGGGUCGUGUUUCUUCUGCUAAUCGUCUUCUACACGGCCAUCACGAGGAAGAUCUUCAAGUCUCACCUCAAGUCCAGGAAGAAUUCCACCUCCGUCAAGAGGAAGUCCAGCCGCAAUAUCUUCAGCAUCGUGCUCGUUUUUGUCGUCUGCUUUGUGCCUUACCACAUUGCCAGAAUCCCCUACACAAAGAGUCAGACGGAAGGUCACUACAGCUGCCGGACGAAGGAGACCCUGCUCUAUGCGAAAGAAUUCACUCUGCUACUCUCGGCUGCCAAUGUGUGUCUGGACCCCAUUAUUUAUUUCUUCUUAUGCCAGCCAUUUAGAGAAGUCUUAAAUAAGAAGUUACACAUGUCACUCAAAGUCCAGAAUGACCUAGAGGUUUCCAAAACCAAAAGGGAAAAUGCGAUUCAUGAAAGCACAGAUACUUUGUAAAUUCCCAUCCCCUUCCAAGUAUUAUCAGUCUUGUUACAUGAUAAUUAAGAUACAUGAAUAAAAAGCAGGCAUAUGAUGAUAAGUAACUUAGCUAGCAAUAUAUCUAAUAAUAUGUAUGAAGUCCAAAAAGGUAUAAUAAAAAUAAAAUAUAAGUUUCCAUGCAAAAUGGAAGUCUGUAGCACAUCACAUUUUUUUAGAAAUCAAAGGAACAGAGAAGUGGCUUUGUGGGUGCUGGCGUAUGAGUUACCAAAACCAAACUUCUCUUCUAUUAACUGGCUUCUUAGAAGACACCCAGUCUUUCCGACCUUCCUCCUAAGCAUUCUUCCAAGCAACACUCGUAUCUAUUUCAUGCUUUGUACUAUGCAUGUGCCAAUAAACAAGUUGUCUUCAAAACCAUC